AUGAUGCGCUCUCUCCAAUGGGCGGCUUUCGGACUCGGCGCCGUGUCGGGCGUCAAGGCAAUGACACCAGAAGAACUCAUUGCUGCGCCACGGCGAAGUGAAGCUGUGCCCAAUCCGUCUGGAAAACUGGCCUUGUUCUCCGCCUCCGAGUACUCCUGGGAAACACACAAGACUUCCUCGGCGUGGAAGUUGAUGGAUCUUGACACACGGAAGAUCAGGGUGCUCACCAACGACAGCAACGUCUCUGAGCUGAUCUGGAUGGGCACCGAUGACUCGAGCUUGCUGUACAUCAAUGGCACCAAUGCCGAGAUUCCCGGAGGCGUGGAAUUGUGGGUUUCCAAAGUGGACAGCUUCGAAGAAUCCCGGUACAAGGCAGGCUCCCUGCCUGCACCAUUCUCGGGCCUCAAGACGGCCAUGACGGCCGAGGGAGACUUCAACUUCCUCGUCUAUGCCGAAUCUUAUCCGAACGGGACUGCGUACAAUGCGGAGCUUGCAACUACUCCCCGGAGUACCGCUCGUAUCUACGACAGCAUCUAUGUGCGUCACUGGGAUACUUGGUUGACUACCAGAUUCAAUGCGAUCUUCUCCGGCUCUCUGAAGAAGAAUAAUGACAAGUGGGCUCUUUCUUCUGGGGACUGCGCUGAGCCUCUCAAGAAUCUUGUUGCGGGGGUGAAGAACCUCGAAUCGCCGUACCCUCCAUUCGGUGAUUCCUCCGACUAUGAUCUUUCCAGCGAUGGUAAGAUGGUCGCCUUCAAGAGCAAGGCACCGGAACUGCCCCGGGCCAACUUCACUGCUUCGUACAUCUACCUUGUUCCCCACGAUGGCUCUCAGAAGCCCAUGGCAAUCAACGGCCCUGACAGCCCCGGCACUCCUAAGGGCAUCAAGGGUGACUCGAGCAGCCCUGCCUUCUCGCCCGAUGGUCGCCACGUGGCCUACCUACAGAUGGAGGACAUCUCCUACGAGUCCGACCGACGCGUUUUGUACGUGCACAAGGUGGGCUCCGAGGAGACCAACCGGGCCGUGGCCAAGGACUGGGAUCGCUCUCCCGAUGCCGUCCAGUGGACUCCCGACGGCAAGACCUUCGUUGUCCGAUCCGAAGAUAAGGCACGAUCGCGUUUGUUUGCUCUUCCCGCCGAUGCUGGUGACGACUACGUGCCACGCAACUUCACGGACAAUGGCUCUGCUGGUGGCUACCACCGCAUGCCCAAUGGCGAUUACCUGGUCUCCGGCUCCGCUAUCUGGACGAGCUGGAGAGUCCUCACUGCAAACCCCGAGCACGGUGUUGUCUCCACUUUGGCCUCUGCCAAUGAGAUGGACGCCGGACUGAAGGGACUGGGGCCGGAUGACCUGGAUGAGUUCUACUUUGAAGGAAACUGGACUAAAAUCCACGCCUGGAUGGUAUUCCCUACCAACUUUGAUAAGACGAAGAAAUAUCCCCUGGCCUUCCUUAUCCACGGCGGACCUCAGGGCGCAUGGGCCGACUCCUGGAGCACUCGUUGGAACCCCAAGGUCUGGGCUGACCAGGGCUAUGUGGUGGUUGCACCCAACCCCACUGGUAGCACUGGCUUUGGACAGGACUUGACCGAUACUAUUGCCAACAACUGGGGCAGCUAUCCUUACGAAGACCUUGUGAAGGGAUGGGAAUACGUCCGAGAUAACUUUGACUUUGUCGAUACCGACAACGGCAUUGCUGCCGGUGCUAGCUACGGUGGCUUUAUGAUCAACUGGAUUCAGGGCAGUCCUCUGGGCCGCAAGUUCAAGGCUCUUGUCACCCACGAUGGAACAUUUGUGGCGGAUGCCAAGAUCUCUACUGAAGAACUUUGGUUCAUGCAACGCGAGUUUAACGGCACAUUCUGGGACGCUCGGGAGAACUACCGUCGCUGGGAUCCUUCUGCGUCGGAGCGCAUCCUGCAAUUCAGCACCCCCACUUUGGUCAUUCACAACGCCAACGACUUCCGCCUGUCGGAGGCUGAAGGACUCAGCCUUUUCAACGUUCUUCAGGAACGGGGUGUCCCGAGCCGCUUCUUGAGCUUUCCAGAUGAGAACCACUGGGUGACCAAGAAGGAGAACAGUCUGGUGUGGCACCAGCAAGUGCUCGGCUGGAUUAACAAGUACUCCGGUGUCGAGAAGAGCAACCCCAACGCCAUCAGCUUGAAUGACACCGUGAUCCCGGUAGUUGACUAUAACCCCUAA